UAGAAUCCAGUCCGAAGUAGCCAUUCGCCGCCACUGAGAAAAACAAAAAAGGCAAGUGUGAAAUUGAAGCUCAAGGAGCUUUUAUGGAUUCAUGGCCAUGGCCGCUUAAUCAGAUAAUCUGAACCGAUCACUCGUAACUCUCCCGACGUGCCCGUUCUAGAUAAGAGUGUGCCUUUAUACCAUUUUCGAGGCUAAGUGAAGAGUUAUUGAAUUUUGAGAACUGUAGUGGUUCACAAUGGUAUGGUUUAGAGCUGGAUCCAAUGUGGCAAUGGUUUCUCUUAGGAGAGCUUUGUCACAUAGUAGAUCACAUGUUACAAGAACCCGUCCACUUCCUUCUCAAACUCGGCACUUCCACAGCUCAGUUGCUGUUCGAGCAAAGGAACAAUCUUCUGCCCCUGUUCCCCGUCCUGUCCCACUUUCUAAGCUGACAGACAGUUUCUUAGAUGGGACGAGCAGUGUCUACCUUGAGGAGCUUCAGCGGGCAUGGGAGAAAGACCCAAACAGCGUUGACGAAUCAUGGGAUAAUUUCUUCAGGAAUUUUGUGGGUCAGGCAACUACAUCGCCAGGGAUAUCUGGUCAAACAAUUCAAGAAAGCAUGCGGCUUUUGUUACUUGUGAGAGCUUAUCAGGUAAAUGGCCACAUGAAAGCCAAAUUGGAUCCGUUGGAUUUAGAAGAACGAGAGAUCCCCGAAGAUUUAGACCCCGCUCUUUAUGGAUUUACUGAAACUGAUCUUGACCGCGAAUUCUUCCUUGGUGUUUGGAGGAUGUCUGGUUUCUUGUCCGAGAACCGUCCAGUCCAAACAUUGAGAUCCAUAUUGACCCGGCUCGAGCAAGCUUAUUGUGGGAGGAUUGGGUUUGAGUAUAUGCACAUACCUGAUCGAGAAAAAUGCAAUUGGUUGAGGGAGAGGAUCGAGACCCCUAUACCCAUGGAGUACAAUCGCCAAAGGCGUACUGUCAUUCUUGACCGUCUGAUGUGGAGCACUCAGUUUGAGAACUUCUUGGCCACCAAAUGGGUGGCUGCCAAGAGAUUCGGGCUGGAAGGAUGUGAGACAUUGAUUCCUGGUAUGAAGGAAAUGUUUGACAAGGCGGCUGAUCUUGGGGUGGAGAACAUAGUCAUAGGGAUGUCACACAGAGGAAGGUUGAAUGUUUUAGGUAACGUUGUCCGUAAGCCUCUCCGGCAUAUCUUUAGUGAAUUUAGUGGUGGCACGAAACCUGUGGAUGAUGCCGGUUAUGUGGGGACUGGGGACGUCAAGUAUCACUUGGGAACUUCUUAUGAUCGACCAACACGGGGAGGGAAGAGACUUCAUCUUUCAUUGGUUGCAAACCCCAGUCAUUUGGAAGCCGUGGACCCUGUCGUGAUCGGGAAAACUAGAGCAAAACAAUAUUACACUAAUGAUCUGGAUAGGACAAAGAACAUGAGCAUUCUUAUUCAUGGAGAUGGCAGUUUUGCGGGGCAAGGAGUUGUUUAUGAGACGUUGCAUCUAAGUGCUCUGCCGAAUUACAGCACUGGUGGGACCAUUCACAUUGUGGUUAACAAUCAAGUGGCAUUUACUACCGACCCGAGAUCAGGAAGAUCUUCUCAGUAUUGUACUGAUGUUGCCAAGGCUUUGAGUGUUCCGAUUUUUCAUGUCAAUGGUGAUGAUGUUGAGGCUGUUGUGCAUGCUUGUGAGCUUGCUGCAGAGUGGAGACAGACUUUCCAUUCAGAUGUGGUUGUUGAUAUAGUAUGUUAUCGUCGGUUUGGACAUAAUGAAAUUGAUGAACCAUCCUUCACUCAACCCAAAAUGUAUCAGGUCAUCAGAAAUCAUCCUUCUUCACUAGAGAUCUAUCAGAAGAAACUCAUGGAAUCUGGUCAUGUGACAAAAGAAGACGUUGAGAAGAUACAUAAUAAAAUAAAUUCUAUACUUAAUGAAGAGUUCAUUUCUAGCAAGGAUUAUGUUCCUCAAAAAAGGGAUUGGCUCUCAGCAUUUUGGUCAGGAUUCAAGUCUCCUGAACAGCUUUCGCGCAUUAGAAAUACUGGUGUGAAGCCAGAGAUAUUGGCAAGCGUUGGAAAAGCAAUCACAACCCUUCCUGAAAAUUUUAAGCCCCACAGAGCGAUAAAAAGAAUUUUUGAUGAGCGCCGAAAGAUGAUUGAGACUGGAGAGGGCAUUGACUGGGCACUUGCAGAAUCACUUGCUUUUGCAACAUUGCUCGUGGAAGGUAACCAUGUGAGGUUGAGUGGUCAAGAUGUUGAGAGGGGCACUUUUAGUCACAGACAUGCUGUUCUUCAUGAUCAAGAGUCAGGGGAGCAGUACUGUCCUCUUGAUCACAUUAUGAAAGACCAAAAUGAAGAAAUGUUUACAGUUAGCAACAGCUCUCUUUCAGAAUUUGGCGUUUUAGGAUUUGAAUUAGGUUAUUCAAUGGAAAAUCCUAAUUCACUCAUAAUUUGGGAAGCACAAUUUGGUGAUUUUGCCAAUGGGGCUCAAGUGAUAUUUGACCAGUUUGUGAGCAGUGGUGAGGCCAAGUGGUUGCGCCAGACUGGGUUAGUCGUGCUUUUACCUCAUGGGUAUGAUGGCCAGGGUCCUGAACAUUCAAGUGCACGUCUUGAGCGCUUUCUUCAGAUGAGUGAUGACAACCCUUAUGUUAUCCCUGAGAUGGACCCUACACUUCGUAAACAGAUUCAACAGUGCAAUUUGCAGGUGGUGAAUGUGACUACUCCUGCAAAUUAUUUCCAUGUACUCCGACGACAAUUACACAGGGAAUUCCGUAAGCCUCUAAUUGUGAUGGCCCCAAAGAGUUUGCUUAGGCACAAGGAGUGCAAGUCUAACCUCUCUGAGUUUGAUGAUGUCCAAGGCCACCCUGGUUUCGACAAACAAGGUACUAGGUUUAAGCGACUCAUAAAAGAUCAGAAUUACCAUUCGGAUCGCGAGGAGGGCAUUAGACGCUUGGUUCUUUGCUCGGGAAAGGUCUACUACGAGCUUGAUGAGGAAAGAAGAAAAGUUGAUGGCAAAGAUGUUGCAAUUUGUAGGGUAGAGCAGUUGUGUCCUUUCCCAUACGACCUUAUCCAGCGUGAGCUGAAGCGCUAUCCAAAUGCGGAGAUCGUCUGGUGCCAAGAAGAGCCAAUGAACAUGGGUGCUUUCUACUACGUUGGGCCCCGCCUUUGUACCGCAAUGAAGGCUGUCGGAAGAGGCAACAUGGACGACAUCAAAUACGUGGGACGCCUUCCGUCCGCUUCAACCGCUACCGGUUUCCUACAGGUUCACUCCAAAGAGCAGACCGAACUCGUCCAGAAAGCCCUGCAGCCCGACCCGAUCCUUAACUAAUCCCACCCGGUGAGGUUACUUAAGAUUAUCAUUGCUCAUGAAAGUGUUCUGUUUUCCUCCAACAAUAAAAAAAAAGUUGAGUUUAAUGGUCCUUUGUGUAUGUUUAAUCUUAAGGGUUCUCCAGGUUUUUUUGGUACUAUGUUCACAUACAGGGAUUCUAUAUAGUCUUUCUCUUUGGUUAAGGACACUAAUUUAGCCAUUUAUAAGUUUUACAACCCU